GUGGUGUUUUGGUCCUCGGGCGGAGCCGUAGUUGGAGUCUCCUUUCGCGUCUGUAGCCCGGGAACGGUUCGUCCAGGAUCCUAGGCCCGGGUUCACCAUGUCGGAUAAGGAAGCCAGUCCGAGCCAAGACUCCUCGGGCGCCCGCGCGGCGACUGUCAGUGACAUCCAUGAGCUGAUGCGGCGCAAGGAGGAGAUCGAGGCGCAGAUUAAGGCCAAUUACGACGUGCUGGAGGGCCAAAAAGGCAUUGGGAUGGAUGAGCCAUUGGUGGACUGCGAGGGCUACCCCAGGGCAGACGUGGACCUCUACCAAGUCCGCAGAGCGAGACACAACAUCAUCUGCCUGCAGAACGAUCACAAGGCAGUGAUGAAGCAAGUGGAGGAGGCCCUGCACCAGCUGCACGCACGGGACAAGGAGAAGCAGGCCCGCGACAUGGCCGAGGCACACCAAGAGGCCAUGAGCCACAGGCUGGGUCAGAGCGACAGCCACAGCCUUCCUCAGGCCUUCGCCAAAGUGAACAGCAUCAGCCCUGGCUCCCCAGCCAGCACUGCGGGUCUGCAAGUGGAUGAUGAGAUUGUGGAGUUUGGCUCUGUCAACCCCCAAAACUUCCAGUCCCUCCACAACAUCAGCAGCGUGGUGCAGCACAGUGAGGGGAAGCCCCUGAAUGUGACUGUGAUCCGUCGAGGGGAGAAACACCAGCUCAGGCUUGUCCCAACUCGCUGGACGGGAAGAGGACUGCUGGGCUGCAACAUCAUUCCUCUGCAGAGAUGAUGCCCUGUGAACGGCAACAGGAAAGCUGCUCAGCCCUGCCUCACUGGGGCCUGGUGGGGAUCUCCUCAUUCUCUUCACCCCCUGAAGAGAAUGGAAAAGGCUGGAAGCCUGGAUGGACAUGGAGAUGGUGGUAGAGGGGCCGUGGCCUCCCAAUGUACCCUCUCCGAUGAAGGCAUUGU